ACGGCCGUUGAUGGUGGACGUGUUACGGUGUUCUGUAUUUGUGUUUGCGAGUGUAGCGACAUUACGAUGUUCUGUGUCGUGAUAAAUUUUGUGCUUGUUUUGUGAAUUUUGAAUUUAGUGUUAUUUUAGUUUAGUGUUUGGACUCAAGAAUUUAAUCCCGUUGGCUUGUUGGAGAUAUUCCAAAUAACGUAAAGAGGCUGGUGGUUGUCAAUGACUGCAUUUUAAUACUGAUAUCUGCAAAAGCUGUCCCGAUGACUCGGCAAUAGAUGAUAUCCAUGACAUUAACUACAAGGUCGAUAAUGCGUAAUUUACUAAGCAUUACGCUUGUAACAAUUGCAUUUGAUUACGUGUACUCCCAAGAGAAUAGAGAGCAUCAAGGUCCACAGACAUGUGGAGGUCAUUUAAGGGGUCACGUGGGUACAAUACAGACCCCAAAUUUCCCGAAUCCAUUUCCUGUGCCUAUCAAAUGUCGAUGGAUUAUCGAACACGAUGUAAUCAACGGCACGAUAUCGAUAUAUUUUACACAACAGUACACCACUAGUGGACUCACGUUUACUGAAUAUAUGUACUACGAUGAGUCGUAUAAACUUGGUGAAAGAAGAGCUUUGACGGUGACGGAAGAGAACAUCACUAAAAUAAAAUGGUUACAGGUCCAAAGUCCCGUCCUGGUAGUAGAAUUAUCUUUAGAUAGAUUAGAAGGAACACAGCUGAGAGCACUUGGUCUUCUCUCCGUGUUCGGGUUCAAUGUAACAUACGUGGUGCAGAAACCUCAGGAGCCGCCUGGACCUCCGUCUUGUAGUGCUAUUGAGUGUCGAUUGCUGGGACAUUGUUAUGCAAGGCAUGAUUACAAGGAAUUCUUCUGCUCGUGUUUCGAGGGGUACUCAGGUGUGGACUGUGGUGUAGGCCCGUUGUGUCCAAAAACAUCAAAUAUGUGUAAAAACGGUGGAACUUGCAGACAGAUGGGCCCCGCGGCUGUGAGCUGCAUUUGCGCUCGUAAUUACACGGGCGAUCUCUGCGAGUCGAAAAUUGCCGCACCAGAAUGUGGAAUCGAAGAAUGUUUCGAGGGUUGUUCCAAAAAAAGCGGUUGUGAUUGUAAUCCAAGAGAAAACGACUUCACGUCAGCUCGGUUUGAGACAAGACUGCAAAUUGUUGAUCAAGGAAGUAGUAAUGUAACCCAAGAAAUUAGUAAACAGGUAACAAGUUAUUUAAAGGCGUCGAAUAUAACCUUAGACGAUGAGAUUGAAAUAUUAAACAUAAGUGAUUUGGACACAAACGGCGGUCGUUCAGUGUGGCUGCGCGUGUGGAGCCCGCGGCGGGAGGCGGGCGCGUUACGGGCAGCGUUGUCCCGCCUGGCAGCGACCCGCGCCCGUACAGACCGUCUGCGGCUGCUGCCCGCCACUUUGCACUUUGAUAUGCAACCAGCACUCAGUCUGCAUGCAUUAAUAGUUAACCAACGUCCAGAGGUUUGGGAAGGCUCAGAGUUCAUUCUUAGCUGCAUGGCUUACGGUUCACCAGACAUCAAUUUUACUUGGUACAAAGAUGGUGUGAAGAUUAACUUUAAUGGAACUACUAGAGACAUAUGGACGCGUACGGUAGCAGAAGACGCGUUGGGCCGACGGAUGUCAGUUCUUGGGGUAUCAGAAGCUCGGACUCUCGACAGUGGACGAUGGUCUUGUUCAGCUGACGACGCGGGCAGGCGACGCUGUAGAGCCUUGCGCCUGUUGGUGCUGCGUCCGCCUGAUAUACGACUUGUACCUUCAGCUUUAACGGUCAAUAAGGGUGAUAACGUAAGCAUAACAUGCUUGGCUGGCGCAGGCAGAAUACACGGUGCCCUUGGAUUCAGUUGGGCUAGAGAACGGACCCUUUUAAAACUUGCUCCUGGAAGAGAAGUCUGGGAAGACUUAUAUCCUGCUGGAAGCGUGUUAAAAUUAUACAAUGUGCAAAAAUCUAGCGAGUUUCGGUGCCAAGUUUCAUCAGUAGCGGGAACCAAUUCGAAAGGUGUUACGAUGUGGGCUCUCGGAGAGAAAGAUGAAGCUUGUCAUUCUGAAGCAUCCCAUGGUCUUCGCUGGCCGAAGACUGCGCCAGGGGCACAUGCUACUGCGACAUGCCCACCAGGACACACAGGAGAAUCUACUAGGUUCUGCGAGCCGAAAACAACACAACAUGGUGUAAAAUGGAUGCUUCCAGAUUUUUCUGGUUGUGUAGCUGAUUCAUUACGUGAUAUUUAUGAGCAGUUUACACGCGUCUCCUAUGGCUACUCUUGGACUAAAGUAUCUGAUGUCGCACAUCAAUACGGAGCCAUACUUCGUUCUUUACCAGCUCAUCCUGGUGAAGGUGCGAUACCAUUACGUCAUUCCCGGAACAUGGUUCAGUAUUUGCUCUCUGCAGCUGGAAGUCCAAAAGACAGAGUCGAGAGUACAGAAUAUUUACUAAAGAUUUAUGAUACCCUGCUGAAACAUCCUGAUGCUUUUCUUGAUGAAGAGAAAAUUUACGAGCUACAAAACGCAGUAGUUGAAACAGCGGGAAUGAAAGAGAAUUUGGACAUAAUGAAUCAAGAAUUUACAGUACAAACUAAGUCUGUUAGAGACGAUAAUGCCGCUCACUUCAACUUUGCACCAACAUCUGGCCAUGAAUGGAUCCUCACGUCUGCAGGUGUGGAGCUAAUAGCGCGGUCUGGGAAUGCUUCGGUGGUGUUGGUGCAAUAUAAUGAUUUAACUUCUAGACUACCUUCUCUGAGAAGAUCGAUCGAGCUUAACCGCUCAUUUUCAAGAAAUGGACGUGAACUGGAAUAUAUUCCGGCGUCACAGCAAAUACAAGUGUCUGCUUACGGCAGCGUGGAUCAAUCUUUGCAGCACUCGGUUACCCUACUAUUUACACAUUCCAAGAACUAUAGUGCGAUAGCAUCAAAACUAGCGUGCGGUCUGCGAACGCCAUCAGAACCUCGAGAGUGGAAUGUCAAGGCGUGUGAAGUUCGUAUACCAGAAUCUACAUUUGUGUCCUGUCGAUGUCGAGGUUUCGGUACCUUUGCUCUCUUCACUAUAGCUAGAUCAAAACUGACUGAUGUAGAAAAGGAUCUAAGAGGCGUGGUUAAGGUGACUGUUGGACUGGGUGGGGCGAUGUGCCUGACCGCAGCGGCAUUACAGUUGCUAGCACUGGUGCCUGGCAGGAAACCUCGUCUGCCAGUGCUCCUGAAGGCCGCCACCGCGGGCACGCACUCCGCGGCCAUACUCACCUUGCUGGAAUGUGACACUAGACAGGAGGAAGCAUGUCCGGGUGCAUUGGGCUGGGUGUGCGCGGCGUGCUGGUGCGCCGGCUGUGCGGCGCUCUGUGCUCAGCCUCUAAUGCUGCAAGCGGAGCUGGCUGGCAGGGGACAGCGCGCACCCUCCGUAGGCCUCGUCGCAGGUGUAUGCACUCUCGCGUGGCUGACAGCUCGGCUGUGGGGCGGGGCGCCGCUGCAAAUAGGCUCGGCGGCGCAGGUUGUGUGCGCUGCGGGUUGCGUCCUAUUAGCAUUGCUUUGUUUUACUUUAGCGUUAUGUGUAUCUUUACGGUUAAGGACUAUAACACAUAAAAUACCAGCGGAAAGAAGAAAUUAUCUUAAAGAUCGUCGCCGCGUGGUGCGGCACACGCUGGCGCUGUUGUUCACAACGUCUGCGGCGCAGGCGACAGGCGUUUUGUACGUGCAGCCCGGAACACACCACAUCGCUCAGGUCGCCGCCUUCUCUGCAGCGGUACUCGCUAACGGUGUGGCCAUGCUGGUAUGCUACGUGAUCCACGACGACGAGUGUCUACAGUCCGCCAAGCGGGUGUUGUCGCUGCCCUCACAUCGAGACUGGGAGGAUUCGCCAGCUGGUGAUACUUCACUUAGCUUGUACAUUAAGCAAGGCGGUGAGGUUGAGAGUCGAGGCGGGGUCGGUAUACUGGAAUCAACAUCAUCCCCCGUGUCCCCCAUCGCGUCUUACUGGCGAGCGCCCGGCCUGGAGAGUCCCGCGGGAAUGCAUAGACGACAAUCUACACCGGACAGUCGCGCAGACAUAGUGCGUUGUGUAGAAUUUAAAGACUCAGUACUAACACCUCAUCGCUAUGAAUCCAGGCAUAUAACCACAACGCAUGCGGUCUGCGAUCUCAUACCACAAUCACCACCACAAAGGGACUAUAUAGCACGAGUUUGUCUCGAACUAGGAGUUGUGAAUAGUCCCCCGCGUAGAGAAUCCCCCGUACCACUCCUCGCUUGUUCCGUAGACUUCGAACCUUAUGAAAAAAGAUUCGAUACAUCAAAAGAAUCUUGCUCAAUAUGUGUACAAUCUAAUCCAGAUGUAUCCAGGAUACCUUCACCGCCAAUUAAGAGCUGUUUGAAAAAGAAAAAUCCAGAAUUCACUUCCAGUAUUUCUCUACCGUCUAUGGACGUGGUGAGUGAUGAACCUAAAGUGAAAUCGGAUAUCGAUCAAGUAAACAAACAGUGGAAUAUAGCUUACGAUUCUCCUGAAACUAAUAAAAUGUUAAGUAAAAUAUCAAAUGAUUUAGAUUUUUUAUUAAACAGGACAAAAUUGACCAAAAACAAUUUGAAUGAUCAUAUAGAGAAAGAUCCGACUUAGUUUAUGGUUUAAAAAAUAAUUUAAGAUAUAAUUGAUAUUAAAUGGAUACAGGGGUGAUUUAGCUAAAUACAAGUUUUAAAUUAUGUAAAUAAUUUUUAUCAUAAAUCUAAUUAAAGAGUUUUAAACUUUGACGUUAAACGAGGCGAUGCCGAUUUGAUACUCAUAUUAACGUGGUUAAUUUUGUCAAAGGUUUAUUUUCAAGCAUGUUAGUUUUAAGUACAGUAUUUUUUACUAUAUUACUUAAAAUAUGAUACAAAUUAUUCGUAUUACAAACUUACAUGUCUUAAUUUAAGAUAAUAAUUUUAAUUUGCUUAUGAUUUCAUUUUAGUUAACUUUGUUUCUUUUGUCGAUUACAAUUUUUAAAACCCAAAAUUAUUUAAAGAAGAAUGAAUAUUUUAGUAUAUUAGCUGUGCGUAGAAAGUUUGCCGAUGACUCCCUUUCCUAAUAUCAUCGACCGUGUUCCACUCUCGUCUGUUCAGUAUCAUCAAUUAUCGCGUGACGUCAUGAGGCCAUCGGCAAAGUUCUGCGCACGAGUAAUAAGUUAUUUUUUAAAUCGUCUUUAAACAUAAAUACAAUUAAAAACCGCCUUUUAAAUUCGUUACAGAGAACUGUAAUAUCGAUAUAACAAUAAGUAUUAUUUAAUUAGUUGCAAUAAACAUUUUUAAUUUUAAUCCUAAGUACUUAAGAUUUUUAAUUUUAAUAAGUUUGUGAUUUUUUUAAGUUUUAUAUGUUAUCGUACUAUUACUAAUUUACGUAUAAGUCUUUUCAAAUAUCCUGGCGGUCAACGAUCAUCGGCCCACUGUGCAGUGUUCUACCUCCGCAUCACUUUAUGUCCCGGUAUAACUAAAAUUUUGUUCGACGCAGACUUGCGGUGGUCCCGAGCUGCCGAGAUAUCUGAAAACGAUUACACAAUACACAAUUGUUUAUUAUCUAUAUUUUACUACUUUUCCAUUAAAAUUGUAUUAUUUGAUUCGUACCGAUUUGCAUAUUUAGAGGCUUUUUAAUUUAUUAUGUUCUUUUACCACAUCUUUGUACAUCUUUUCUAAGAUUCCCUAGUUAUUUCAACUAUCUGUUUCUGUAGGUAUUGAAACCCCUAUGUUGUACCGAAUUCUUUCCUUUGAAAAUAUUUUUCCGUUUGUUGAAAAUAUACAUAAAUAUGCAUUUAUGAUUCGAUUUUUAAAAAGAAUAAAACACAUGCAACUGCCGUUUAUCGUAUUUUUUUAUUUACGCGUUUUUUGCAUCGUCGAAAACAUUUAUAAAAAAUGUUUGUCUCAGUUUUUUUCGACAGAUAGAUAGAGAAGAAAGAAUGAAAAUGCGACAUUUUUUACGUUGUUAUAUUAGCAUUGCGAUUUUAACAAUUGUUUAAUCAGACCAAUUAGUUCGGAUUAAUUUAGUAUUUUAAACAUCACAUCAUUUUAUUAAUUUCUCUAGUCAAAGUCAUCAUCGUUUAAAGUCGUACGUAGUACAAAUAUCUAUACUAAAAAUGCUAGUAUUAAUAUAUUUAAGUUUGUUUUAGUGAAGUGGAAAAGACCGUUAUUAU